AUGCCUGAGUUCAAGAUCUCCGCUGCUUUGGAGGGCCACAGCGAUGAUGUUCGCGCUGUGGCUUUUCCCAACUCCAAAGCUAUUUUAUCCGCUUCUCGAGAUGCGACCGUUCGGCUCUGGAAGCUUGAGUCAAGCCCACCUCCAACGUAUGACUAUAACAUUAUCGCCCAUGGUUCGGCCUUUAUCAACGCCCUAGCAUACUACCCUCCCACACCUGAAUUCCCCGAUGGACUGGUCUUUUCUGGAGGUCAAGAUACAAUCAUUGAAGCCAAGCAACCUAGCAAGACUUCGAAUGACAAUGCAGAUGCUAUGCUCCUAGGUCACGCCCACACGGUAUGCGCCUUGGAUGUUUGUCCGGAAGGCGGCUGGGUCGUAAGUGGAAGCUGGGAUUCCACUGCUAGACUCUGGAGGCUAGGAAAAUGGGAAUCUGAAGCUGUACUAGAAGGUCAUCAAGGAAGCGUGUGGGCAGUGCUGGCUUAUGACAAGGAUACUGUCAUUACCGGCUGCGCGGAUAACAUUGUUCGAAUAUUCAAUACUUCUGGAAAGCUUCUGAAGAGUAUCAAAGACUCCAAAGACGUUGUCCGGGCUCUCUGUAAACUACCUCCUUCUCAUCCCACAGGUGCGCAGUUCGCUUCUGCAAGCAACGACGGUCUCAUCCGCCUCUACACUCUCCAAGGCGAACUCGUCUCCGAACUUCAUGGCCACGAAAGCUUCAUUUACUCAUUAGCGGUUCUGCCGUCGGGCGAAUUGGUCAGUUCCGGCGAAGACCGAACGGUCAGGAUCUGGAGCGGGACGCAGUGCGUACAGACCAUCACCCAUCCUGCGAUAUCUGUCUGGAGUGUGGCAGCGUGUCAAGAGAAUGGUGAUAUUGUGACAGGAGCUAGUGAUCGAGUAACCCGCGUCUUUACCAGGAGCUCAGAGAGGCAGGCCAGCGCGGAUGUGGUGCAGCAGUUUGAAACCGCUGUCAAGGGAUCCGCAAUCCCUGAGCAGCAAGUUGGAAAGAUCAAUAAGGAGAAACUUCCUGGUCCAGAGUUCUUGCAGCAAAAGUCUGGGACCAAGGACGGCCAAGUGCAGAUGAUUCGAGAAGCGAAUGGCAGUAUCACAGCCCAUACAUGGUCCGCCGCAUUGGGGAGAUGGGAGUCAGUGGGCACCGUUGUAGACUCUGCUGGUAGCAGCGGGAGAAAAACGGAAUAUCUGGGCCAGGACUACGAUUAUGUCUUCGAUGUUGACGUCGAAGAUGGGAAACCGCCUCUGAAGUUGCCCUACAAUCUCUCGCAGAAUCCAUACGAAGCCGCCACCAAGUUCAUUGGUGACAAUGAGUUGCCCAUGAGUUAUCUCGACCAGGUCGCCCAAUUCAUCGUUCAAAAUACGCAAGGUGCGACUCUCGGACAGUCCGCCCAGGCACCUACCCCAGCUGGUUCCGAUCCAUGGGGUACAGAGAACCGCUAUCGCCCCGGGGACGCUACUGCUAGCCAGCCUGCACCUAUUCCCGAAUCGCGCCCGAAAGUCCUUCCUCAGAAGACCUAUUUAUCCAUUAGGACCGCGAAUCUCAAAGUGGUUGCGAGGAAGUUGCAGGAGCUGAACGACAAGCUUGUUUCGGACGGAUCAAAAGAUUUAUCUCUAAGUCCCUCUGAACUAGACACACUAACAUCCCUAUGCAAUGAGCUGGAAUCCUCGAACACCCUCAAGGACUCGCCAGCUGUUGAGGCUGGCGUAAAUCUCCUCUUGAAGGUCGCGACAGCCUGGCCAGCAGCAAAUAGGCUACCCGGUCUCGACCUCCUCCGUUUACUUGCUGCCGCCACACCUGUGACGGCAACAGCAGACUACGGGGGUAAAGACCUGAUCACGAAACUUGAAGAGGGCGGCGUUUUCGAACCCCCGAUAAAUGUCAAUAAUGCAAUGCUCUCGGUCAGGAUGCUCGCCAACCUUUUUGAAACCGACGCUGGCCGUCGCCUUGUCAUCGACCGAUUCGACCAGGUCAUUGCUGCUGUCAAGUCGAGCCUGGUGAACGGAGGCGCCUCCCCGAACCGAAACCUAACUAUCGCCGUGGCCACUCUUUACAUCAACAUCGCAGUAUAUUCCACAUCCGAAGGGAGACAGUCAAGUCCCGAAUCCGGACAGCGAGGCUUGGUGCUUCUCGAAGAGUUGACACGGGUGCUGUCGAAGGAGAAGGACUCUGAAGCAGUAUAUCGCUGCCUAGUCGCUCUGGGAACAUUAGUUAAGGAACUUGAUACUGAAAUCAAGGCCGCUGCAAAGGAGGUCUAUGAUUUUGGUGCGAUUUCGCGGACCAUCUUGAGCUCUGGCCUUGGAAAGGAACCGAGGAUCAAGAGCAUCCUUGGGGAGAUCACGGAGAGCUUGCCUGCAUAG